GGUUUUCCUUACGGUACACUAGUUACUGCCGUACCAGCAUAAAUUAAACGCCUGAAUUUGAAAGUCAAGCGCAAAAGUCUGGCUGUCUGUCUGUCUGUCCAGCAACCCUAGACCCGUGACUUGUUCCUCAUUCGCUUGCAAGUUGUUGCUGCUGAUUAGAAAGUGAAAUUGCGAUCUUACAACGAGAUCUGCAUACCCUGAAAACACUAAUUAUCCUUCUUUACUACAUGCAUACAUCUAUUCUUGUAAUUAACGAACUAUUUAAUUGGCAUUUAAAAUGUAAAUUUAAAUAAAAUUUAUUUAAAUUCAAAACGAAACAAACUAGUCAAGAAGUCAUAAGGACUCCUUAGUGAGGGCACGGUGACGUCAUGCGUUAGCGAUUUGGCCUGACUCCAACAUGAUUUGGCCAAUCAGGAGAUGCCACCCUGAAAGGAGGUGGGUCCUUUUGAAUGGAACAGAAAAACUCACUUGUAGCUUUUAUAUCCUUGAACGAAUUUAUCUCGCCACGCACACUUAAUAAAUACAAUUGAAUAUGUAUAUCCUGUGUGAGUGCGUGUGUGCGAGUCCUGCGGGCUGCCUAUAAAAGGACUCUCGCAUCCGAGGGAUCUUGCAGUUGGCGCUGAGUUGCGCAUACGACGCGUGUGCCCGCGGAAAUCACUAAAGGAGUUCACGGAGUUAAAGGAGUAGCUACCAAGUGCAGUGCAGUGAUGAGUGCUUCCGGCAAGAGUCUUCUGGGCCUGUGGCUCUACAGGAGCGGCGAACAGGAGUGGGCCGUCAAGCAGGGCAGUCCCUUGCACCAGCUGAAAAAGGAUUCUACCACAUCCGGUCCCUCCUCGCAUCCGAGUGUCGCCAGGCACUCGUCCGCUCCGCCGGAGCCGCCAAGGCUGGCCAUCAGUGGUGCUGGUAUUGGUGGUCAGGAUAAUGGAAGACAGCAUUCCCCUGGCGAACGCGUCUCCAUCAUUUUCACCCUGCGCAACCAGGUGGGAAAUCUGGCCAGAGCCCUCCAGGUUUUCCAGGAGCUGGGCAUCAAUGUGCUGCAUUUGGAGCUCUCGCCGCUGGAGAUGGGCACCAACCAGGCCGAUGUCCUCGUGGACGUGGAGUGCGAUCCGCGUCGACUCGACCAGGUGGUCAAGAUGCUCAACCGGGAGGUGGCCUCCGUGAACUACACUUCCGUGAACACCCAGGGUUUGGCCAGGGCGCCGUCGCUAUCGGCGUGCUCCAGUUUUGAUUUCGGGGACAUGGUGUGGUUUCCGCGAAAGAUCUCCGAUCUGGACAAGGCGCAGAAUGUGCUGAUGUACGGCUCGGAGUUGGAUGCCGACCAUCCAGGAUUCAAGGACCCCGUGUACCGUAAGCGGCGGGAGCAGUUCUCUGCCAUAGCCAACAACUUCAAGCAUGGCAACCCCAUUCCUCGUGUGCAAUACACACCUGAGGAGGUGAAAACCUGGGGAACCGUUUUCUUGGAGCUUCAUCGCCUUUACGUGCUGCAUGCCGUGCCCGAGUACAUGGACAACUGGCCGGAGCUGGAGAAGUACUGUGGCUACCGCGAGGACAACGUGCCCCAGCUGCAGGAUGUGAGUGUCUAUCUCAAGCGCAAGACGGGAUUCCAGCUCCGACCCGUGGCGGGCUACCUCUCGCCAAGGGACUUCCUAUCGGGACUCGCCUUCCGCGUGUUCCACUGCACCCAGUACAUCCGGCACUCCUCGGAUCCCUUCUACACGCCAGAGCCGGACUGUUGCCACGAGCUGCUGGGCCACAUGCCCCUGCUGGCCAACUCCAGUUUUGCCCAGUUCUCGCAGGAGAUUGGCCUGGCCUCUUUGGGUGCCAGCGACGCGGACAUCGAGAAGUUGGCUACGCUCUACUUCUUCACUGUGGAGUUUGGGCUGUGCAAACAGCCGGACAGCACUUUUAAGGUUUAUGGCGCCGGACUACUCAGUUCAGUGGCCGAGCUGCAGCAUGCAAUUACGGCGGAGAACAAGAUUAAGAAGUUCGACCCGGAGGUGACGUGCCAGGAGGAGUGCAUCAUCACCUCCUACCAGAAUGCGUACUACUACACCGACUCCUUCGAGGAGGCCAAGGAGCAGAUGAGGGCCUUUGCCGAGAGCAUCCAGCGGCCAUUUGGAGUGCGCUACAACCCGUACACGAUGAGUGUUGAGGUGCUGUCGAAUGCCAAGAAGAUCACGGCGGUGGUCAGCGAACUCAGGGGCGACCUCAGCAUCGUCUGCUCGGCCCUGCGAAAGAUCUCCGCCACGGACGAGAACCUGGAUGUGGACAGCAUCGCCAACAUGCUCCACAACAGCCUCAAUGUGAGAGGUGGCGCUUCCGGCGGAGGCGGAAGUCCGUGCAGCCCGGACAACUCGGACAACUCCACGGCGGAGGGAGACUAGGAAUGGAAGUGGACAGCAAUGAAACCUUAAGGGAACAGAUUACCGGGACCACAAAGCAGUACAAUUCACUUGGAAAAUGAACAUGUUUUUCCUCAACUUUUGAGUAUAAAAAGAAGUGUAAACUGAAGUUCUAUAUAUACAAAGAUAUACUAACAAGCUCAAGUUAUUAAAGCAAAUCUUUUUAUGAAAUCUAAAGUAAAGAAAA